UUGCACUCACGCCACUAUCAGUGUGUCGCUGAUAUCUCGAGCUACGAGAAAGGUGCGUGCGCAAAGUGCUAUCGCGAUAUCAUCUGGACGCCGGGCGCCGCGACGGCGCCUGGUUCGACGGUAAACGAUAGCUGUAGCACGGGGUGCAUUAGCGAUACGUCCCGGUAUUAAUACACGUUAGCGUUGUAUUGCCUUAUUGCCCAGGCUUCGUAAUUUUCCCACUUGAAUCUGUCUUUGUUAUCUGGAAUACGCGGAUUUGGUCGGCUCGCGUUGAUUCAUGGACAAUCUAAACUGGGAAACGGGCAAAAUUUUAUUCGUAUUCUAACCAACAAAUAAAAGCACGCUCGUCAACUUUACUGUCGAUUAGCGGCGACGUCUAUAGGAGUCCAGGAACGAAACAGCCUUCGAUCCCAAAGGGAGAGGUAGGCUGAGAGGACCCUGGCUAGCAAUUUCCGCUUUGAAAGCUCCGCGUAAAACGACCACCCGCUGCAAACUCGAAGGCUCGAACCUCAAAGAAACUAGCUGUUCGCGCAUAAUUGCGUGGUCAGUUAACGAUCUGUCCUCCUUGCUACGACCUGAAAAAAGAAAGGAUCGCACACCGGGGCGGCAAGAACUACUCGGUGACUCCCAGUAAAAAUGGCGACACUUGGGUCAAUCUACGCGUUGAAAGUGGGUCACUUUGCUGUGGCAAACUGCCAACGCUCUCACGUGCGAGCCGUCCCACGCUUGCUGCAGUCUGAAGCUGGCAGCCACCUUCGGACAGGGUCGGACCAACAGGGGUACGAAGUCAGAACUAUGGAAUUAUGUUUGGGGAUACUUAAACGAAGAUUAUACAGGGAGAGGAAUAUCGGAUACCGGAAGAGGAUAGAGGUUAGAGGAAAUUGGUUGCUGCAUAAAGGGAAGCUGAAACUAAUACGAACAACAACAAGUUUCUUGUCAUAACUCGUCCCAUCAACAAUUUAACUUUGUUGUACAAGUUCAUUUCCAGCAGUUUUAUGGGAUUAAAAAGUUGCCAGAGGGAACAAUUAUUUUUAAUUAAUGUGUAAAAGUUAUGCUCUAUUGUACUUGGCCACUGAGUCUAACUUUAACUUAUUUAAACACAAUAAAAUUUCCUGUUCACCCUUGACCUUCUUUACUACUUUCGAGAACACGAGAGUUCCCCGUUUAAUGAAAAUU